AUGAAAGAAGGCAAAAAAUUGUGUAAUCGAAUUAUUGAAAUCCACCAAAGACGGCAUGGAUCUCCAAGGAAGAGAAAAGGGCCCAUUUCAGGAACAAAGGGCAUGGACAGAUUUCGCUCAGAAGAGGCAUUUUAUGUGAACCCCUUACCUGAUUGUUUAUGUAGGAAGGAAUCGCCUGUUAUGAACAGAUCACUCAUCAUAAAGUAG